AUGGUCUCUAGAAUAUCUUGGUUAGCCAACAUCAGCAUCGAAGAUGCUCCACUCCAAACACUUCGUCGUUCUUCCAUCAUUUGCACAAUUGGUCCCAAGACCAACAGUGUUGAAAUGAUAACAAAACUAAGAAAAGCAGGCUUGAACAUCUGUCGUAUGAACUUCUCCCAUGGUUCCUAUGAAUACCAUCAAUCUGUCAUUGACAAUUCAAGAAAAUCUGAACUAAUCUAUCCAGGCUCUCCCUUAGGUAUCGCCUUGGAUACAAAAGGUCCGGAAAUCAGAACUGGUACCACUGUCGAUGACUUUGACUUUCCAAUUCCCCCCAACCAUGAAAUGAUCUUCACCACCGACGACGCCUAUAAAACUUCCUCCAAUGACAAAAUCAUGUACCUCGACUACAAAAACAUAACCAAAGUCAUUGAGCCCGGCAGAAUCAUCUACAUCGACGAUGGUGUUCUCUCCUUUGAAGUUCUUGAAAUCAUCGACGACAGCAACUUAAGAGUCAUCUCCAUAAACGCUGGAAAGAUAUCCUCCCACAAGGGUGUAAACCUACCUGGUACCGAUGUCGAUCUACCUGCUCUAUCUGAAAAGGACAAACAAGAUUUAAGAUUCGCUGUCAAAAACAAAGUCCAUAUGAUCUUUGCUUCCUUCAUUAGAACCGCCCAGGAUGUCUUGGACAUUAGAGAAGUCCUUGGAAAAGAAGGCGAAAACAUCCAGGUCAUUGUCAAAAUAGAAUCGCAACAAGGUGUCGAUAACUUUGAUGAAAUCCUAAAGGUAACCGACGGUGUCAUGGUCGCAAGAGGUGAUCUAGGUAUUGAAAUUCCUGCUCCAGAAGUCUUUUUAGCACAAAAAAAAUUAAUCGCUAAAUGCAACUUGGCUGGUAAACCUGUCAUCUGCGCUACCCAAAUGCUAGAAUCAAUGACUUAUAACCCAAGACCAACAAGAGCUGAGGUUUCUGAUGUCGGCAACGCCAUUCUAGAUGGUGCUGACUGUGUCAUGUUGUCCGGUGAAACUGCAAAGGGCAAUUAUCCUAUAGAAGCUGUCACCAUGAUGCACAACACCUGUAUAAUCGCUGAACAAGCUCUAACCCACAAUGUUUCCUUCAACGAUAUUAGAGAAGCAACCACAAAACCAACUGAAACUGUCGAAACAAUCGCUUGUGCUGCUGUCUCCGCUGCUUAUGACCAAGAUGCAAAGGCAAUCAUCGUCCUAUCCACAACUGGUACAACUGCAAGACUAGUCUCCAAAUACAGACCAAACUGCCCAAUCAUAAUGCUAACAAGAAGACCUCACGUUGCAAGAUACGUUCACUUGUAUAGAGGUGUCUACCCAUUCGAAUACAAAUUCGAUGCACUAGAAGAUUGGCAAUCUGAUAUCGAAUUAAGAUUACAAACCGUAAUCGCUGAUGCUAUUGAAUCUGGUAUGAUCCAAAAGGGUGAUCCAAUUAUUGCAAUCCAAGGUUGGACUAGAGGUUUAGGCCAUUCAAAUACUCUUCGUGUCUUAUCUGCCUAA